ACAGAACUUUUGCUAUCAAGUCCCUGCGUCAGUGCGUGAGAUACACGGAGAAAUGUUGAGAAGAAAGCCAAGCAAAAUCGAAGUGAAAAUCGAAGAUAAAGAAGAACUCGAAGAAGCUCGCAAACGCGCCGCCGCCAUCGCCGCCGCUUCCUCCUCCUCCUCCAGUACCACCACCAGCACCACCGGCGCCACCUCCCUCCUCCAACACUUCGACCGCUCGGCCGUCGAUCCCUCCACCAAAUCCCACCGUAUCGGCCUCAAUUAACACACUAUAAAUUGAUCUCAUACGACGCCGCUUUUUUAAAUUACAUUUUCGCUAACUGUAGUUAUGGAGGUUGAAGUGAAGCUCAAAUUACCGGAUUCAGCCGCACACCAGAAGGUUCUCUCGCUUUUCUCGCCGUAUCACGCUAAAACCCACCACCAGCGCAACACUUUCUUCGACGGCGCCUCCGGCGAGCUGAGCUCGCGCCGGGCCGUUCUCCGUCUCCGAUUCUACGAGAAUUCGGAAAACGUGAAGUGCAUGGUGUGCCUCAAGGCUAAAGCUGUAAUUAUCGACGGCGUUAGCCGAGUAGAAGAGGACGAAGAAGAAUUCGAUCCAAAAAUCGGGUAUGAAUGCGUUUCUAACCCUAGAAAACUGAUGGAGGUGAAAUCUAGGGUUUUGAAAAGAGCAAAAGAGGAAUUUGGCGUUGCAGAGGGAGGGUUUAUUGGACUGGGCGGGUUUAAGAACGUGAGGAAUGUGUUUGAGUGGAAUGGUGUGGAGUUGGAGGUUGAUGAAACUAUGUAUGACUUUGGGACUUGUUAUGAGAUCGAAUGCGAAAGCACGGAGCCGGAGAAAGUUAAGGCGAUGAUUGAGGCAUUGUUGAAGGAGAAUGACAUUGAUUACAGCUAUUCAGAAGUGUCAAAGUUUGCUACUUUCCGGGCCGGAAAGUUGCCUUAGUUUACCUAGUAGAUGGCACCAUAUCUAGAAGGAAGGCCUGAAGUCUUCAAUUCCUCAAUAUAUUACAAUGAAGUCUUACCAUCUGGCAUAAUUUUGCGAAGACUUAACUGGCAUGCAAUAAUAUUUUGUGGUUUCCUAAUCAUUUACCCUCCUGCUGCUGGGAGUUCCAUUAAACCUCUCUUUCAUAUCCUCCGAAUAUUAGAUUUUUAUUUUAUUUCUGGAGUACUAUUUAGAACAUCAACAUCUUCUAUUUGUUGGAGUACGAUGCUAAACUUGGACAAACAUCACUUUUUGUGUGAAGUCAUUUUUGAAUUUUUUUUUUUUGG